CCCAGGAGGCCCGAAACGAGUUCGCCGUGGCGUUCGCUUGUUCGCUGCUUGCCAGGCCGCUAACAGUUGCCGACGAUUAUUGUUGCUUCUUAGUUGCUCCUUCCAUCAUGGUUUGUGAGGACCUGGUGAUGGAGCUAGCAGGCGAAGCUGGAAUCACAUCGACCGGCCACGUCGGCUGCGGUGCUUCCAGCGCGCCGUCUGCUGCCGCCCUGCGCCCCGAGCGGGUGGCAGCUGCAAAAGCCAACUGCCUGUCGGAGGCGGUGCCGGUGGGGGAAGCGUGUCGAGGGGCAGGGGCGCCUCAGGGGCCUGAGCUGGCGGGUGAUGCAGCGGCGGGUUCUGUGCAGAAGUCAGAGGCGCGGGGGCUGGCGGCACAGCUGGCGCUGCUGACGGCUGCGGUGCCUGCUGCGCUGCCCAUGGCCCAGGCGGGCGUGGCAGCGACACUGCACAGGAGUCAGCACCACCAGCAGCGUCUCUGGCGAGAGCAGCAGGGAUGGAGGCCAGUGGAGGAGUUUGCGGUGACGGCGGGCGCAGGGACACAGCCACCAGAGGCGGCGGCGGCGUCAAGCGUCGCCGCGAGCGUAGCAAAGGAGGGGCUAGGCACGGAGUCUGGCGAGGCAGAGGUCAACGGGCCGCCGGAGGACGAUGCGGAGCAGGAGGAGGCGGAGGCGGAGCACGACCGGGAGCAGGACACCCGUAAGCCCCUGUUCCACGUGAUGCCCCUCAGCGGCUGGGGCUCCGACCCCAACGGCCCCAUCCACUACAAGGGCCGGUACCACCUCUUCUACCAGUCCCGGCCCGGCACGUGCCAGUGGCACUGGGGCGUGGGCUGGGACCACGUGGUGUCCACCGACCUGGCGCACUGGACCCGACUGCCGCCCGCCAUCUUCCCCAGCAGCGGCCGGGGCGGCGCGGAUGCUGACGGCUGCUUCUCAGGCUCCAUCCUGGUGGAGCCUCACUCGGGCGUGCCGGUGUGCUUCUACACGGGCGCCCGCCUGCGGCCGGAGGCGGCGGCGGCGGUGGCAGCAAAGCUGGCGGCGGCGCAACAGGCGGCCGCAGGUCUGGUGCUGCACCAAGCAGCGGGACAAGGCAGCGGGGGCAGCAGCGACUGCGAUGCUGAGGGCGGCGGCAGUGACGCCUCUGAGGCGGCCGGCGCCAGCGCGCCGCCGGUGCUGUUGCUGCUGCCGCCGCCACCCGCGGAGCACGACAUGGGGCUGCCGCACUACGAGGCCCAGUGCUGCGCCAUCUGCGACCCCGACGACGAUCUGCUGGUCCGUUGGCGCAAGGUGCCCAUGCCUCUGAUGCAGCUGCCGCCCAGCGGCCAGCUCACGGCCUGGCGCGACCCCUGGUUCGUGGAGCACGGCGACGGCCGCGGCCGGCAGUGGACCAUGCUCAUCGGCAGCGGGCUCAAGGGCGGCGGCGGCACGGCGCUGGUCUACCGCUCAGCCGACAUCACGCGGGGCUGGCGCUACGUGGGGGAGCUGUGCAGCCGCGGCGACCCCCGCCUGGGCGCCGUGUGGGAGUGCCCCUUCCUGGUGCAGCUGCAGCCGCUGCCGCUGUGCGCGCACGUGCUGCCCACCACCGACCUGGCGGCGGAGGCGACAGCGGUGGCGGAGGCGCUGUGCGCGCACGUGCUGCCCGCCACGGAGCUGCUGCGCUUUGAAGCAGAGCAGGCGGCGGAGCGGGCGGUGACGCCAGGGUUGGAGGCGUCAGGGAUGGAGGUCAGGGGCUCAUCCGGGAUUGCGGGGACCGAGUCGCCGCCGGCCUCCAUGCCGCCACCGCUGCUGCGGCGCCGUGUGCGAAGCAGCCACCACCCCCAGUGCGCGCAGGACCAGCAGGGGUCCGGCGGUGGUGCUGCUGCGGCCGCCGCGGACAGUCUGCCACGGGCGUACGGGAGCAGCGGCAGCAGCCGCCACCGGCGCAAUAGCGAUGACGAGCGGCAGCCGCCACCGGUGCAGCGAGAGCAGCAGCACUCGCUGCCAGCCAGCAGCUGGGACGUGGGCAGCGGCGCCCUCGACGGCAGUGCUGCUGGCAGCGCGGCGGCUGCAGGGUCGCCGUCACAGCUGUCUGACGGCAGCAGCCGGCUGCCGCCGGUGCAGCCGCCCCGCCGCGCUGCCGCUGCAGCACCCAACGCGCCGCCGCGGCCCGCUUCUCCUCCGAGCCCUGCCACCUCGGUGCCGCUGGCGGCCCUGACAGGCAGCGGCCGCCUGUCAGACCUGCUGAUCAAUCUGACCCUCGCACAAGAGCAGCCGCAGCCACAGCGGCUGCAGCGGUUGCGGCAGCGGUUGGAGCAGCAGCGGCGGCGGUCACAGUGCCAGGGGAACAUCGGGGGCCACAGCGGUGCCGGUACUGCCGCUGCCGCCGCGGCGGCGGCCGAUCCGCAUAACGAAGGCAGUGAGGGAGAGGGGAGCGGUAGCGGCAGCAGCGGCAGCAGCGCCCGGUACGGUGGCUGUAGCCGGGUGGACGAGGAUGUGUCCGAGUCGGGUGAUGAGGGUGUGACGCAGGUGUGCGGCUGGGGCCAUGCUGCUGCAGGGGCUGCAGAUGACAGCGGUGGUUCUGUGGAUGCCAGGUAUGGCAACAGCGAUGGGGCUCCUGGUGACGGCGCCUGCUGCCACCAGCAGGGCUAUGAGAGCCAUGCCAGCGGCUGUAGCAGCAGCGGAGCGGACUGCGCGACUGCGGCCGCCAACAGCUACAGCAGCAGCGCCGGCAGUAGCAGCAAGGCCGGCGCCGGCAGUGGCAUCAGCAACAGCGCGGGGCCUGCACGGGUUGCGGAUGCUGUCCGCCGCACGGGCGUGCACCGGCGGCAGCGCCCCACCGACCUGCAGGGCUCAGACGAGCCCGAGGUGCCGGAGGUGCCGGAGGUGCAGGAGGAGCUGCAGGCGGUGCAUCCCACAGCCCUGCUGCCUACCCCUGCUGCUGGUCCGCCGGCAGCUGCAGCACCGCCUUCAGCCGCCGCUACAGCCGCCACAGCUGCAGCAGCAGCAGUAGCCGCUGCUGCUGCUAUAGCGGAGCUGGGUGUGCUACUGCCAGACCUGCCAGCCAUGAUCGCCGAGGUCGUGCGGGCGCGACGUGCCGAGGCGGGCGCCGUGGAAUGCUCUGCUACAGCCUCGCCUCUGGCGCUGGCGGCAGUAGCGGCGGUCUGCUGCUCUGGAGGCGAUCGCAACGGUGCAACAGCUCCCACUGCUACUGCCAGUGCGCCGCAGCCGCAGACGCCAGCAGCCGAGCCGCGGGUGAUGCUGUACAGCCCGGGGCGCAUCGGGCACUGCGCGGCGCCAGACGCACCUGUCGCCGUAGAACCGCUGCAGCCGCCGCCGCCACCGCCGCUGCUGCCUCUUUGCCCCGGCGGCAACGCCGCCGCUGCUGGAAGUGGUGCUGAAGCCGGGCCGGCGUUCGCCAUGCGGAUGCGGUAUUGCAAGGCGCAGCCGCUGCCGCCUCAGCCACGUCUGCAUGAGUUGGCGCCGGCAGCAGCAGCAGCAGCAGCAGCAGCAGCGGGUGCAGAGGCACCGGCCGCAGAAGCACUGCCGGUAGCUGCCGCGGCAACCACCGGCUCGGCGGCGUGCACAGCAGCGCUGCCCUCGCCGAUUGCCGCCGGUGCCUCAUCAGCCGCGCCGCCCGGGCCGCUGGCAGCAGCGCCACUGCUGGCGCCAGUCGCCAAACCCCCAGUGGCCCCCGCCGCCGCCGCCAACACCGUGCACAUGUGCGCCAACAGCAGCGCCAGUACGGCUCCUGCCGCCACACCCGCCGACCACGACCGCUCACACUCACACGCGCAAUCAUACUCACCUCACCCGCCCCACCACCACCAGCCCAACCACCAGCAACAGCAGCAUCCCGGCGCACUGCACGCGAGGCCGCACUGCCACCAUUGCGGCUGCUCGCACUGCCCGCACGCUGAUGUCGAGGCAGCCUCGAGCCACGCCCACGCCGCCACACUGCCGCCGCACGCCCGCUGGCUCUUUGGCACCGCCCCCGACGCCUGCUACAUCACGGGCGGGCUGGUCGGCACGCGCCCCAUCUUUUGGAUCGGGUCGUACGAUGCCGGCGCCGCCAGGUUCGAUCUGGAUCGAGCCAGUGUGGCGGCGCCAUUGGAUCUGGGCAAUGUGCUGUACGCGCCGUCGUGCAUGCGGGAUCCGCAGGGCCGCCACAUCGUGUGGGGCUACAUGAAGGAGCUCCGCGAGGUGCCGCCCGCGCCCGCGCUGUGCGACAAGUACAGCUACGCCGGCUGCGUCUCGCUGCCACGUGCGCUGUACCUGCGGGGCGACAAGCUGUUCCAGGUUCCGCUGCCGGAGCUGACGGGCCUGCGCAGUGACGUGGCGGUGCACGUGUCGGCGCUGGGCCUGGCGCCGGGCGGCCACUGGCCGCUGAGCGGCGUGCGGGGCCUGCACCUGGACAUGGAGCUGGCGAUAAGCCCCGGCCGCAGCCGCCGUGUGGUGGUUCUGUUCCGCAGCUGGCGCCCUCGCGGCCGGGGCGCCGCCGCGCUGGUGUACGAGUGGCGCACUCGGAGGCUGUUUGUGGUGUUCGAGGCGCUCAGCCCGGCAGGCAGGCGCAAGUGGAGCAGCGGCGGCGACGAGGGAGAGGAGCAGCGCCGGGAGGGCGAGCAGCAGGGCGCAGACAAGGACACGGCGGCGCAGGCAGCGAGCAGCGGCGGCGGCGGCAGCGAUGCGGGCAGCCGGCGGCGGUGUGGUCCUGGCGGCGUAGAGGACUGGCUGUGGGAACGCCGGGACGAGGCGGGCGGUGAGCUGGACCUGCCCCCCGGCUGCCCCCUGCGGCUGCGGCUGUUCCUGGACGCCUCCUGUCUCGAGGUGUUCACAGGCACCGGCCAGGUGCUCACCACACGAAUCUACAGGGGGCAUCCGCCGCCGUGGAACGCGCCCUGCGGCGGCGGCGGCGCGGCAGCAGCAGGGGUUUGUGCUCCAGUGGCAGCCCCAGCUACAUCCGCCAACACUGGCCCCGCCUUCUGCCCCGCGCCAGACCCGGGUAUCGAAAUCUGGGCCAUCGGAGAUGACGGCGACGGAGGCGGAGCUGCCGCUGCUACAGCCAACGGUGCUGGCAGUAGCUACGGCAGCGGCAGUAGCACCACUUCAGGGUCCAGCCGCCACAUGGGCUGCACGCUGGACGAUGUGCACGUGUACGAGAUGAGCAGCGGCUGGGUGAGGGAGCAGGACGUGCCCAAGGACGGGUUCGUGCACCGGUGAGGCCCGCACGUGGGUGAUGGCGUACAUGGCGGGUACAGACCGUGACAUGGGCGACUCAAUGCAGACUGGACUGGCAAUGGACACCUGUGUCAGCUGCCGCCAGUCGGGUGGGGCCGCACUGGACAGGGCCGGACGGAGGGGUGGCGUGUGGACUGGGGACAGUGACGUUGCUGUGUUGCCUUUUAUUCCUACUGGGACUUGCGAGUUGCGUUGUGCUUAUCACCUCGUUGCUUCUCUAGCUGUACCGUGUAGUUGAUCUUGACCGCUUUUCUAGGGACCCUUAGGCCGCGACCCGCGGGCCCUGGCACUUGCCUUCUGACUCUACUCGCGCUUACUCGAAUUGUUUCGCAGUUGACGCGAACGCCGAUUUUGCUCCUUUCUCUGAUGCAGUAAUGUGAGUGUCGAGAGACGCUAGUAGAAGAUGCAAAGAUUGUGGGUUUGGGUCACCACUUGCAAAUCGGGCCCCUCCUGCGGGCAUCGGCGGUCCCGAAGCACGCCCAAAGCUGGAAGUACGCU